AUUUGCGAAAUACAACAAUGCAUAUAGAGUCAGAAAAGUGUUUCCAUGGGUCAGAUGCACAGUCUUUCCAUCACAUUUUCCAUACUUUGCCUAAUAAACCUAACUUAGACUUGUCCAAAUCACUGCUACAUACUUUCUCAAGAGUUAUAAGUUCAUCUUCAAGUAAUUGUUUUAAUAAUGCUACAAAUAAUGCUUCUAUGUCAUCCGGAAUAAUGUCUUAUAUAAACGAAAGCACAAUAGGUAUUGAUCAAGUGUUUAGAGGACCUUAUGGAGACAGGAGAGAUUGUUAUCGUUGGACCAUUUGAACAUCAUUCAAAUAUAUUACCGUGGCGACAUCUAGCCAUGCGUAUUUCAAGAGUGGAGACAGAUUUCUCAGGGACUAUUUCUCUGGAGUGUCUGGAAGCUAUUCUAAAGGUUGAAAGUGCUGUAGCAAAAGAACAUGGCUGUAAAUUAAUUGUUUGCAUGGCUGCUGCUUCUAAUGUAACUGGAAUUUUGGUAGAUGUUGAUGCAUUCUCUAGUCUUAUUCAUCGAUAUGGUGGACUGGCGUUUUGGGAUUAUGCUACUGCAGCUCCGUAUAUAAAAAUUGACAUGAAUCCAACUACUUCAGGACCUAAUCGUGAUUUUGUGUACAAAGAUGCAAUUUAUUUUUCUAUGCACAAAUUUAUUGGUGGUCCACAAACACCUGGUGUAUUAAUUGCUAAACGGUGCCUUUUUAAAGCCGGUGAAGCACAACCAAGUGGUUGUGGUGGUGGUACAGUGUUUUUUGUUCGCAGAGAUCAACAUGUUUAUCUCAAAGAAGUUGAAGAGCGUGAAGAAGGUGGAACACCAGCCAUUAUAGAAUCUAUACGUGCUGGAAUGGUUAUGCAACUUAAGCAGGCAGUCACUCCAGAGGCUAUUAUGGAAAGAGAAGAGGUUCAUGUAAAGCGUGUAUGGAAAAAGCUGUCUGAUUGUCCAAAUAUAAUAGUACUUGGUGGAAACCAGGCACCUCGGCUACCAAUAAUUUCUGUUGUCAUAAGGCAUACUUAUCCUGUCAAUAAAAAUAUUAUUUCAUCGAAUACUACUCAUCAUCUUCCAUGCUUAUUUUUACAUCAUAAUUUUGUUGCUUCUCUUUUAAAUGAUUUAUUUGGCAUACAAGCACGUAGUGGAUGUGCUUGUGCUGGACCUUAUGCUAUGGAUUUACUGGGUAUUGAUGAAGCAUUAGCAAAACUUUAUGAAGAAGCAUUAGUUGGAUGCAACUUGGAUUCGUCAAAACAUAAGUUAUCCGAGGAAUAUCCUAAAAGAGAAGUUAUUAGACCAGGUUUUACUCGAGUUUCUUUUCCAUAUUUUAUACCUGACGAUGAAGCUGAUUUUAUUCUUGAUGCACUGAAAUUUGUUGCUACAAAUGGUUGGAUAUUUCUGCCAUUUUAUCGUUAUAAUGCAGCCACAGCUGAAUGGACUCAUUGUAAUUAUGAUCCUGGAAUUGGUCGUAAAUGGUUAACAGAUAUACGUUAUACUGAUGAUGGAAUGAUUUGGUCAACAGCUUGUCCAAAACAAGAAAUGCCUGUACCUCAAAGUUAUUCAGAAUGCUUAGAAACUGCACACAAAGAGCUUCACAAGGCAGUCAAAAUGAUCAGUCUGGCUAUGCUAUCACCAGUUGCUGAUGAUACAGGUAAUUUUGAUGAUGAAACCAAGAGUUUACGAUGGUUUCUUUUGCCAAGUGAAGCAGCUGCUCAAAUUCGUAAUGAGAUCAAUUUAUUGAAUGUAUCAUCGCCUAAUUCAUCUCCAUGGCAUCCGGGGUCUCUGACACUUUCAUUUUUCCCAGAAUUGAAUAAUAAAACAAAUAAAGAAAUACAUAAAAAGAAGCCUAAAAUUCAAUCACACUUUGAUGAAGAAACCUCAAAAUUUACUUAUGAAAAUCAAAAGUUGAAAGUCACUCUUUCUAUUGGAAAACAUGCUAACAAUAUGAUCAUUAAAUCAGCAAAGAUAUAUCCACAUCGACGACAUGAACGAUCACAUUCAUCACUGGCAUCAACACUGCAUCAUAGUACUAAUGAUAUAGAAGAUGAGAAUGCGGUUAAAAGUUCACAUAAACGACCAAAACAUUCAUUAAGUUUAUCACAUGAAAAUAUAAUUUGGCCAAAUCAGAAAAGGAUUCAUAGAAUUAUUUAUAAAGGUGGUUGUAUAAUUGAAGUUGCUACAGAAGAUGGCCUAUUCAAUAUAAACAAGGACUACCAGCUACGAUCUUUUAUGUUCAUCACAGUAUUUCAUUUUCUAUGAAGUCGUCAAUGAAAGGAUCAAUCGUGUCAAUAACUUCAAGUUAUUGUUUUCAAAAUCACUUCGCCUGGAUCAGAGUUCAUUUAUUGUCUAAUAAUGAAUGGAUAAGUUCGGU